AACCCAUUUGCCUCUCAACGUUCGUAACUGCCUUUCAAGCGUUUUUUUGAGGCCGCUGACGUCGGACGGAAACGUUGGAUUUUGGAAAAAAGUAAUUCCGCUGAGGGAAUGAAGUAGAAGAGGAGAGAUGUCCCAUGCAGAUGUUUCCUGAUGAUCCACAUUGCUUCACAGCCAGUGGGUUUGUCUCUCUGAGGUCCAGUUGUUUGUGAAUCCGCUGCGUGGAAUGGCACGGGGAUUUCUGGCCCAGACAAUUACGGUGGUUUCUCUUUCUGUAACUUUAUCUGCUGUUACUUCUCGGUCAUCUUCCUGCCACUAUCUACUCCCAUUAUUCCAGUCAGCCAAGAAUCAAGCCAAUUGCUCAUCUUUAGUACACUGGUUCCACAGUGACUCUGCUAGAAUGUCUAGUUGUAAAGGUCCAAAAGAAAAUGUACACAACAAAGCUAGGACUUCCCCGUAUCCAGGGUCGAAGGUCGAGCGCAGCAAAGUACCCAAUGAUAAGGUGGACUGGUCAACCAAAUGGGAGGAGUAUAGCCCAGUUGAAUACACCGCACGCUCUGUUUUGGCAGGGCCUCAGUGGGCAGAUCCAGAGAUUGGGGCCAAAAAAUUUUCUCCCAAGUUCAAUGAGAAGGAUGGGCAAGUGGAGAGGAAGAGCCAGAGUGGCUUAUAUCAGGUCGAAAAUGGAAGGCCCAGGAAUCCCAUGGGCAGAACAGGAAUUGCCGGUCGAGGUCUCUUGGGGCGCUGGGGGCCCAAUCAUGCUGCAGAUCCUCUGAUAACCAGGUGGAAGAGAGACAGCAGCGGCAAUAAGGUGGCUCACCCAGUUUCUGGCAAAAACCUCUUGCAGUUCAUCGCAAUCAAAAGGAAGGAUUGUGGGGAAUGGGCCAUCCCAGGGGGAAUGGUAGACCCAGGGGAGAAAUUGUCUGCCGCGCUGAAACGAGAAUUCAGUGAGGAGGCUUUGAACUCUUUGCAGAAAUCUGAUGCCGAGAAAGAAGAGAUGGAGAAGCAGCUGAAUAGACUUUUCAAUCAGGAUCAUUUUGUGGUAUACAAGGGGUAUGUGGAUGAUCCCCGUAAUACAGACAAUGCUUGGAUGGAAACCGAAGCUGUGAACUACCACGAUGAAUCUGGGGAAACCAUGGAUAACUUGCAGUUGGAAGCUGGGGACGAUGCUGGGAAAGUGAAAUGGGUCGACAUUGGUGAAAAGCUUAAGCUGUAUGCCAGCCACGCUGACUUUGUCAGGCUGGUAGCAGAGAAAAGAGAAGCUCACUGGAGUGAAGACCCUUUUGUUGGAUGCCACAGUGUGGCUGGGAUCAAAGAGUGAACGUAAGACUGGAAAUACCAGGUGCCAGUUUAGCAAAGGAAUGCGAUGUUAAUGCUGCUUUGAGAGAAAUAAGUUUACUGCAGAAAGUGUACGCAGCCAAGUAUAUUUAGACCACCUAGAUUUCAUUGGGAUACAUUUAAACAUUUUCCUAAUGCUUCCAUGGAAAUUCAGAAUGACUCAAAAAGUGUCUAAUUUUAGUUGCAUGCUGCCUUCCCCAUUUAUCAGAAAAUAUUGUAUAAGGAUUGAAUAUCACAUCUGCCUCCAUUAUGCUCUUUACGUACAGAGACAUAAUACAGGUGUGAAGAUCUGAUUUUUUCCAGGACUAAUAUGUAUGUUUUUGAGAAGAGAAGCCUAAAUUACAAAAGUCCUUAUCAUUCUUAAUGGCUGAAAUGAUCAUGCUCUCAAAUAGAACUGAUCUAAAUGAGGGAGAAUUCAGGAUAAAAGCAUCGCUUUCCUACUUCGUCUUUGAUUUCCAUUGCCAGACAGGCUUUUCAGACUCACAGACCACUCUAUUCUUGUGCAGCAUCACUAAGUGUCAAACAGUUGUGACUUCUGUACUCGUCCGUUCUCUCCUUUGUAUGCUGAUAAUUGAUCUAAUGUCAUGGAGAUAAAACCCUGCAUGUUGCCUUUCCCAAACAAUCCCAAAGUAAUUAAGGAAUCGGAUCUUUGAGCCAGAACCUGAACUGAUUUCACAUUCAUCAUACAAGCCACCAGCAAGGUACGAUAAGUACAAGAAACUAACAGUCGUAGCAUUUUAUUUCACUAAAUUGUCAUUGUAGAGAAAUAAAGAAAAAGAAAAUCCAAACUGGAAGGUAAUUAGAAGGAAAAAGAAACAGGUUUCAACCCAAGGGGCCGUGAACACAACUUCAGAGGUUUGAAAAAGUAAUCUGUUGAAAUACAAACAAUACCGAGGAAUUAAAAUGUACCCACGUAUUAGCUCAUACUGGCAGUUUCCUUCAUUUUAAGAACGUAACCUGGGAUCCACGUUUAAACCUGAAGCUUAUCUGAUGUUCUCCUCCGACUGAAUGCUUCUCACAGCUCCAUAGGGCCCUCUGAGAUUCAAGAACCAGUGUUGUUUGGCUGUCCAGGGAGACUGCAAUAAGGCAGGGUCUUCAGAAACCCUACUGGGCGUGCUGCCCUUUGACCCCCAGCGGCAGAAAUUCUUUGCUUGAAGCCACCAGCAUUUUAUAACUGUUUGCGAGUUCCCUGUGCUUCCCACCCCAAACGGAUCGGAUUCGUGACCUGUCUUUGGCUGCUCUGUGGGCCGACUGCUUCCCAGGUUCCCAUUUGAAUGUCUUUGUGGCACGGCAUGCCUGACAGUGACCUCUCUUGGUUAAGAAAUUGCUGCUGCUUUCACAGACAUCGCACAGACCAGUGCAUCACUGCUAUCCUUGGACAACUUCAGUGUUUUGUUUUUCUUCCGAAGUGGCCUGUGAAGUUGUGCUUACGGUCAGUUAAGUACACUGCUGCUUGCCUUGUCAAUCUGCAACUGUUUUACACAGUGUGAUUUUAGUCUUGGAUUAUUCACGGCUGAAUAAAUGGCACUGAUUUUCA